CAACUAUGGAGAUGAACUUUCUUUUCUUUUCCUUUGGUUUGGCCGACAGAGAGAGAAUGGAGAGGGGAGAGAUGAGAUGAUGGUCUGCAGCCCCUUUCAGAUUAAAGUAUUAACUUGGAAAUCGUAAAAAUUUAAAACAUUUCAAACACUUUUAUUUAUCACAAUAAUAUUUUUCAUAAUAUAAACAGUACGGAGUUUUCAAUAUUGCGGAAGCUUAACAAUCAUAAUCACAAACAUAAUUUAUUUAUGUUCUUUAAUUCAAAACCAUCACAUCCAUUCCGACAAUCUCGCCUCCGUCUGCCUCCAGGAUCACGACACUUCAUUAACCUGCGUGUAGCAAAUAAAACAUACUACACGCUCAGCGUUGAAGCUGAUUUAAAUAAUUAAACUAUAUUCCAGUAUAAAAUAUUCCUAAAUAAUCCUUAAGCUAGGCCUAGUUUAAGACAAAAGGGUUUUGAAAAUCUUAAACUUACCUUCACUUAAGGCCAACCAAAAACCGACAGCGUAGUGUUCACUGUUGGGUGGGUGGUACCCCCAAACGAGUAGGUACUCAAGUUUGGUUCUUGGAUCCCGGUAUAUAGCAACACGACAGGUUUACGGACCUACGUACGGUGUAGAGUACACCGUCUCCAGCAAUUACUAUAAGUAUUUCGAGAUGAAUCAUAUUGUGGAAGCCUUCAUUGUACUUCCUGGAGGGAUUGACACUAUCGAAGGUUUGUUCACCUUAAUCUCAUGGGCAUCUGAAGGGUUGCACAGCAGACCUAUUGGUCUCUUAAACAUUGACGGUUAUUUCAAUAACCUAAUCAAGUUUCUAGAUGAUGCGGUGAGGCAGAACUUCAUGGCUUUGAAUCAGAGGAAACUGUUCAUUUCUUCUUUCUUUGUUGAUGAGCUUUUGGACAAGCUAGAGUUUGCUAAGGCUUUCCCAGGUCCUGGUGCUAGUUAUGACGAGUUUGCAAAUCCUGGAAGAUUAGACUUAGAGUUGCAUCUGUAAUAUAAUAUUAUCCAUGUACAUUAUGCGUUAGUCAUAAAUCUCGUUCUAAGUUGCAUGACCAGUGCAUUUCAGAAGAGUAUUUAUUUCCAACAACAAAAUGUAUCAUGUAAACAUUAAUCCUUUUCUUUAUCUUCCAGUCUUUCACUGUUGGUGUGACUGUUUCACAUCUUGUUUUGUACUGUCAUCUUGUUGCGACUUUUUGCGUUAAUAGGGUAUACGAACGAGUCAAUUAUCCUAAUGUUUGUAUAUAGAUUCACCCCUAUAAUGUGUUUCAGAUUCGAUACAUAUGUCGUAUUCGAUUUGGUUUGUGAGGCUCUAUUCUUGUUCUUAGAAAACGAUAGGUUCACUCUUGGGGAAUUUAUUCACUUCCUAUUUGAGAAUGUUCUUUCUUUGACGUAUUCUUCGGGUUGACAGAAGUUGAUUGACAUUAUUCACUUAGCCAUUUGCGUACUAUGACAUACAUAUAUGUCGCGCUUAUCGGGUUUACAGUCCCUUUUCUUGAUCUACUGAUGUCGUCUGUGAUCCUCGAAGAACAUUUUGAGGCAAUCUAAACUUUAUUAAAAUCGGGUCUAUGAGGAUACUAGCAACUCAAGAGAAGCAAAUUUUCAAUGAGUGAAGCAUGUGUGUUAUGCCAUAGUAACUUACUUGUUGAUUACCUUCCCGGGGCAGAGAUGUCGCGGAGGAUGCGGAUGCAGGACUUUGAAAAUACUGACUCAAUGAUCCGAAAAUCGUUUUGCUCUGAUACCAAAAUGUAACACCCCAAUCCGUAUAACCCGGAAUUACACGAAUUAAGGUGAAACGAGAGUUAAAUAAAAAUUUCACUUGACAUUUGAAUAUGACAAUUACUUAAAAAUAUUAAAUUUACAGACUCUGGAUCGCAACCCAUUUAAAAAAUAUUUUCAGAGUAAUGCGGAAGUACAAUAAUAAUCAAAUCAUGACACAUUUUAAAAUCUGUUGACCAAACAUUGCCUGCCAUCCUUGCAUCUCCUCUGACUCAAUGCCCUCCCGGAAAGGUUCCAUCAUUGUCUUCUUGUUAUAUGUCCACAAAAAUGUAUAACAAUAUUCCUGAUAUGACACUUUAUAUCAUAUGGUCAAUUUGAUGAAUCAUGAUGAUAAAUAUUUAAUGAUAAUUGCAUGAUUAUGGCACAUUUAAUUUAAUCAAUUUGAUUGUUCUUGAUGAUGAUUACAUGACGCCUAUGUAAUCAAUAUAAUUGUUCUUGAUGAGGAUCACAUGAUGCGUAAUUGAUGUUACACAUAGUCAUGAUGAUUUUACUUGAUGAUGACUUCAUGCUGUAUGAUUCUAAGUCAACAAGGAAUGACCUUGCAACUAUGAGAUUCGCCCAUUUGGUACGACGAACUCAUGUCCUUCUUAGUCUCACGAGGGAGACUAGAAAAAUAGGGGUGGUACUCGAAAGUCUGAAUACCAUGUACGUACACUAAGCCCGGUCAGGGUUGUCGGA